UCUGUGGAUGCAGUAGUCCUGCAGCUGAUGGAAAGAACCCAACAGGUCCUGCUUCAGGGGAAUCCCUGGGUCUGUAAUUGCUCCAUGUAUCCUUUCCAGCAAUGGCAACAACAAAGACGAGGCCUUGUUUGGAUGGGACAAUGGCUCUAACCUUCAUGUCCUUACAAGAAUUAAUCAGGGAGGAUUUCCUGACCUGUAAAAUCUGCUAUGAUCUCUACACAGUGCCAAAGAUCCUUCCAUGUCUGCACAGUUACUGCCAGCAUUGCCUGGAACCACUAGUGAGGGACGGAGCCCUCCAGUGUCCUGAGUGCCGGCUGCAAACAGAUGUCCCAGGAGGUGCCUCAAGUCUGAAAACCAACUUCUUCAUCAACAGCCUCCUGGAGUUAUUCCAGAUUAAACACAACAGGGAUUUGGCCUGCACAGUCUGCUCAGAUGCCCAGAAGAUCUUGACUGCCACUGCCCGUUGCCUAGACUGCAAGGAUUUCUUGUGCCAGUCCUGCACUCAGGGCCAUUGCUGCUCCCGUCUCACUCUUCAUCAUAAGGUGGUGAAGCUUGAGGAGUUUCUAGCUGGGGAAUAUGAUGCUGAGAUGAGGCUGCUGCAGGAGCUGUGCUGCCAGGACCACCAGCAGGAAGCUCUGCGAUUCUUCUGUGACACCUGCAGUGCUCCCAUCUGCAGGGACUGCCGUAUGCUAGACCAUUUCCAGCACAAGGUGGUCUCUAUGGCAAAUGCUGUGCAGAGGGAAAGGCCUUCUGUUGAGCAGCUAAUUGACAGCCUGGCAGGAACGAUAACAUGCAUCUCUGAGCAGGAAAAAGCUGUGGAGGAGACAAUAGAUAAGUUGAAAACAUCAGGAGAGAACAUAAAGGAGAGGAUCACCAAAUACGUGGAUGACAUUAUCUCCUACCUCCUGGCCCAGAAGGAAGCCGUUCUGGGUGAGCUGUCUGCUUUUCUAACUCAGCAAAUGGAAGGUUGUCGCCUGGUGAAAGAGGAGCUCCAGAGCCAAAGAGAUAAAGCAAUCAGCACCAGAGAGUUCUCUCAAAGGGUCCUCUAUGUGGGAAAGGACUAUGAGAUCUUACACUUAGAGGGCAUGAUAAGGAAUCGGAUUCAGGAGCUCCAGACAUAUAUCCCACGGAAACUAGAGAGCCAAAUCCCUGAAUUGGCCAUAGCCUGGGAUCAGCCGGAAAUGCUGUCAGAGGCAGCACUCUUCAGUCUAGUGUUUCCCAGGGAACAACCUGAAGGAGACAUGGAAACUGUUUUUGAGCCAGAUAGUGAGGCAUCUGCUUCCCCCAGUGAGGAGUCUGAGGAUGACCCAGACUUGCCCUUGGACUCAGAAGACCAAGAAGACUCCUGUCCAGGCUCUGAAGAGAGUGCCCCUGACACUCCCGACAAGAACCCCUCUUGUUGCAGCAGGCGCAGUAAAAGGCCUAAGCGCGUGUGCACUUUUGAGGUAGACCAGUGCUGGUCCCAAGCAAAGCCCAAUAUCACAGGGAUUGCUGUUCUGCCUCACGCUGGUGGCAUUCUCCUGUUAGAUCAGGAGAAUGAUGAGAUAAAGCAGUACAGCGCUGGUGGGCACUUUCAGCAAUCAAUACCUCUGCCAGACUCAGAUGGCGUCUUCUGUGGCAUUUCGCUCUGUGGAGACGUCCUAGCUUGCUCUUCAGAUUCCUUCCUCUUCUUCCUGACCCUUGAGGGCAAGUUUCUGCGCAAGUUGCUGCUAAGGGGAUCCGAGUCUUCCUAUGCCAUCACCUCCUAUGAGGACUCCUAUAUUGCAGUGAGUGAAGGCACACUCUGCUCCAUCUCCCUUUACAGCCCUUCAGGACACUGCGUGGGCAGGGUGGCACCCACAGAUUACCAUGGGGGGAAGUUCCUUUUCAUUGCUGUCAAUGACUGGGAGGAAUUCAUUGUUUCAGACUUCAUCAAGAAGCAGAUUGUCAUCAUUGAGAAGUCUGGGCUGAUCCUCAAUGUGCUGAAGACCUCACACUCGCUGCUGACAAAGCCGUUCAGUGUAUGCGUGGACGUGUCUAGUAACAUUUUUGUGGUUGAUCAGUUGAAGGUGAUUAAAUUUUCACCAGACGGUGAGACAGGGGAGGUAGUGUUGAGCAACCAAAGUCGGCUGAAGAGACCCCGUGUCCUUGCUGUGGACGACGGCGGGCGCCUUGUUCUGGUGCAAGAGGAUGGUUACGUCCACAUUUAUUGUUUCUAGUUCACACCCUUGGAGAAUGUGGGCUGAGUGCCCCAAAGUAGCUGGUUCUGUAACCUCAGGUCCCAAACCUUUAUGUUAAUAGUGCGCCAGAGUAAUCCCACUAGUACUAUCACCUCCAAAUGCGUUACAGAGCUUUAGCCCUGACUCUGGGUGUCAGUGGAACAGACAUGUCUGGGCAGGAACCUUUGUGCUCCAAGUGUUUUGAAAAUACUCAGAGCCCAGGGAAGCUGGAGGUAGAAAUAUUAUUUCACUAACUGAGAUGAGAUCCAUAUUGCUAAAACUUUCUACACUCUCCCAGCUCACCUGACAGUUUCUGCAGGGGAUACUGCAAUGUUAUAGUCAGUGCUGUCAGUGCCUGAGGUGAACAGCUGGAGAGCUGGGAAUAAUGGACAGCUCUAAGGAAAUGGCAGAAAGGAAAUGCCUUUGCUUAAUGUGCAUUUGGUAGUUGGCACUGAUAGAUGACAGGUGCCUUUUGAACUGUUUCACGUUAAAGUAACAUCUCGCUGCCCACCUUACCUCUGCUUUAGAGCUGUGAACUGAUAGAACUCUGACUUUCACUUUAGCUGUUCUGGAGUGUGUCCCAGAUUAAGGGAAUGUUCAGAAAAAUGACCUACUUCUAUCUCUCAGCAUCCCCUUUGCCAUCUUAGCCCAGCCAGCCACUGAAUUUCUCUCCCUCCUAUCCCCCCGAGUCAUAGUCCUCCUUGAGCAGGAUGACCAAACAUCACAAAGGAACCUGACGCCUGCCAGAAGUUGUGGGAACCUGGUCUGAGCAUUGGAACCAUCCAGUCCCACAAGUGUGAAAAGGUAAAAACGGCUAGAACUGUAUCUAAAGAUCCCAAGCAGAAAGCACCCAGCAUUGCUGCAGCCAGGGACUGGUUAGUGCAUCCAUUGGGAAAGAGGUGGCAGUCGGCUCAGUUCAAUGGUUGAUGCAGCCUCUUACAUUCCUUUUCUGUUUAGCCUGUUGAAUCCAGGAAGAGCAGUCAGUGCUUGAGCAGGUCUCAGCUUUUGUUUAUAUUUAGGGAUACAGACUAAAGCUUCCUAUUGCAUUCCAGCUCAUCCUACUGUUAGUGUAAAACAAUCAUUUCUGUUUGAGCAUUAACACUUUUAUGUAUUUGGAUAAUUAAUAGAGCCUCAUGCUUUCCCUUAUGAACUGUUUUCCAAUUUUUCUUCUUGUUUUGCUUUAAUAAAGCCUGGUGCAAUUA